GAAGUCAAGGUCAUCAGUCAAUGCAACUUAGAAUUUCCGUCUAUCUCUCCAAAAUUUUCUGUGAACUUCUCCAUAAGUUCCACUAUUCUUACACCAAAAUCAAAUUCAAAAUACAACAAAGAUCAUGGGGAGGGUAACCCGCAUAACCUUGUGCACUGUGUUCCUGGCAUUUCUGAUAGCUGGAGUGAGUUCCCAAAGUGCUUCUAAUGUGAGAGCAACCUACCAUUACUUCAAUCCUGCACAAAAUGGGUGGGACUUGAAUGCUGUGAGCGCUUAUUGUGCUACUUGGGAUGCCGACAAGCCUCUCGCAUGGCGCCAGAAGUAUGGAUGGACUGCCUUCUGUGGACCGGUCGGACCUCAAGGACAAGCUGCUUGUGGCAAAUGCUUAAGGCUGACUAAUGCAGAAACAGGAGCAGAGGUGACAGUGAGAAUAGUUGAUCAGUGUAGUAAUGGAGGGUUGGACUUGGACUACGAAGGCGUUUUCCGGCCGUUAGACACCGAUGGAAGAGGGUAUAAUCGAGGCAACCUUAUUGUCAACUACGACUUUGUAGAUUGUGGUGAUUUCAAUAAAAAUUCCUAUAUAAUAUCAUGUCAUGUGUACAAUGGUACAAAUUUCAGAUUUGGAUAAGAUUGCAAGCAUGUAAAAUUUGCAAUAUCUAAUGAACAAAGUACUUCUAAUACUGGCUAAAAA